AGUCAAAGUCAGGUGUUAACAAUGAAUAAUUAUAAUGAAAAUUAGAAUUGAUACUUAGCCAAGUCAGCAGCAGUAGCAGCAGCAGCAGCCAGUGAAAACGUUAAACAAACUAUUAAUAACUAGACAGAACUCGACACUUGAACAAGCAGUCAAAACUAAAGAUAAACGCCGAGUGCAAGUGCCGCAUUUGCCACAAUGUUGAAUGGCAAUGGCAAUGGCAAGUCAACGGCAACAACAGUUGCUGCAAACGCUGAAAAAAAUGGAUCUGUGAACGAUCGUCCUUUGUUUAUGCUAAAUGGCCAUAACAAUAACAAUAUUAAUCGUCGCACUUCGGCGAUCGUUAACGAUGUGGAAGUUAGUAAUUUUCGACGGGCCUUACCACAGUUUAUAGCUGUUAGUAUUAAGAACAUAUUGCUUUUCGGCUAUGGCAUGACUUUGGGUUUUCCCACAAUUGUGAUACCAGCCAUUCAAGGUGGUGAAGGACGAAGCGAUCCCAAUAGUGACAUAGUUCUUAACAAAGAUGAAAUAUCGUGGUUUAGUUCGAUAAAUUUGAUUUGCGUGCCAUUGGGUUGUCUCUUCUCAGGUUUGUUCACCCAGCCUCUGGGUAAACGGAGGGCUAUGCAGUUUGUCAAUCUGCCGAUGCUGGCUGCCUGGUUAAUGUUUCACUUUUCAACGCGUACGGAGCAUUUGUAUGCGGCUUUAUGCUUGGCUGGUCUCGGCGGCGGUUUGAUGGAGGCGCCGGUGCUUACCUAUGUGGCCGAGAUCACUGAGCCCAAGUAUCGUGGCAUUCUAUCGGCCUUGGGUACCACAUGUGUCAUCACUGGGGUCUUUGUGCAAUUCAUUCUAGGAUCCCUAAUGGAUUGGCGUAGUGUGGCAGCUGUAAGUGCCGCCUUUCCCGUCAUCACCAUGUGCGCCUUGUGUUUUGUCCCGGAGAGUCCUGUGUGGCUAAUCAGGGAGCAGCGUUUUCGUGAGGCAGUCAAAUCCCUGCAAUGGCUUAGAGGCUGGGUGCCCGAACACAAGAUUGAGGCAGAAUUCAAUCAGCUUUACGAUGAGCUGAUUACCAAAAAAGCCUUGGAGCAGGCAGCAGAUGGCAUAACACCCGGAGAAAGCCGUACGUUUAAGAAUCGUUUCCGUAUGUGGAGGAAACGAAGUUUUCUGGUACCCUUCAUGUUGGUCUCCUUUACAUUUUUCACUGGCCACUUCUCGGGCAAGACUCCGCUCCAGACAUACGCUGUGCAGAUCUUUCAUACGUUAAAGGCUCCAAUGAACAAAUAUCAUGCCACUAUUCUGUUGGGAGUGGCUGAAAUGUUGGCCACCAUAAUGGGUGUGAUACUUAUUCAUUUUACUGGGAAGAGACCAUUGGUUCUAGUUUCUACUGUGGGCACAGGAUUGUGCUUCUUUGGCACUGCGACCUAUGCCCAUUUUCUAAAUGAUGUGCCCGGCUUUACGGUCAAUAAUGUGGUAGUCAAUGCCUCAGCCAUACUGCCCAAAGAGAAUGUUCUAUCGCAGGCGAAUAUAUCGAAAAUAUUUGAGAAUGAACAACAGGCCAUCCGGAGGGAGGAAGAGGCGAGAAUGGAGACCACAUUGUUACCAGAUGAAAUGGAGACAACUACUUUGUUUGACAUAGAGCGUAUAAAACGUGACAUUGAAGAAACCACAACCGAACCGCAUUGGGGGGAGGAGGUGGAGUUAACCACAUUGUUACCUAUUAUGAGCAGCAGCACCGCAAAGCCAUUACCGAGCUCAUCCCCGACGUCGGAUAAGCCACCAAUUGUGCAGGAAAUAUUAUUAAAAGUGCCCAAACAGGAGCACAACUAUUUGGUGUGGGUGCCAUUGAUUCUUUUGCUGCUGUCUGCCUUCUUCUCACAUCUGGGCAUACGUAUGAUACCAUGGAUAUUAAUUGGUGAAGUCUUUCCCGCCGAGAUACGCAACAGUGCCUCGGGUUUUGCUGGUGGAGUGGGUUAUAUAUUUGGUUUCCUGUCCAAUAAACUAUUUCUAUCCAUGGUAGGCGCCCUAACCUUGCCGGGAACCUUUGCCUUUUAUGCCAGUGUGGCGUUUUUUGGCACCAUAGUUUUAUACUUUGCUUUACCCGAAACCGAAGGACGUUCUCUGGGAGAAAUUGAAGCACAUUUUUCAAAGAAAUCCGAGAUGAAUUUGUUUCAUAAGCAAGCAGCUCUCAAGUCCCCGAAGUCAACAACUAUGGAGCAGAAUCAAACGCCGGCGAAUGUCAUCAAUAUGGAUAAUUUGCAGAACCUUCAUGUGCCCAUCAGUUCUCAGCAGCAGGCAAAGAUCAUUCAUUUGCAGCAAAGUGACUUUGCGCCACGAUCACAGGAUCAGAACGGGGCAAGAGCUGCAGGUGGUUCCACCAAUUUGGCAUUUGAGGAGCACAACACAACGCAUCUGUAAUACUUUCCACUUCCAUUCCAGUGAUAUUUGCGAACAAUAAACUUAAAAUAUUUAGUUGUACAGUAACAGUAAA